AUAUUGUCGGUUGGGAAGUUGCAUCCACCGUAUGUUCGUUACAGCUACACCAAGAGCGACCAUUUGUCUGAGCCUACUUACCUGUGGCGCCUCGGUGACUGGACUAACUGCACCCAGCCUUGCAUAGGCACGCGGGAGCGCAGCGCGUACUGCGUAAGGAACGCAGCAGGCCACCGCGUGGCCGACCAUUUGUGCGACGCGCACUCCCGCCCAGCGUCCCUCCUCGAGUCCUGCGCAAUAUCCUGCCCUGUAACCUGGCGCUAUAGGACCUGGUCGCCUUGCAAGAUAUUAGAGGACGGCGAGUGCGGCAAGACGCGAGCGGUGGCAGGCUGCGUGACGAGUGCCGGCGACGAGGUGGAGCACGAGCGAUGCCGCGCCGACAGUCCGCCCGUCACGCUCCAAAACUGCCAUCCUGACGAGUGCCCCAAGUGGCAGUACCACGACUGGGCACCUUGUUCCUGCUUACCGGCGGCGACGGAAGGGAGUCAGCAAAGGCUGUAUUGGUGUGAGCUGAAGAACCGGCCAAUACAAGCCUGGAACUGCGUGCGUCUGCACAAGCCAGAGUAUAUGAGGAAUUGUUCCUGCUGGCACGCUCAACCUUGGGAUCACUGGUGCGCCGUCAAUGAAGACACAUCAACCCAGUUGGAGCUGAGACAGCUGGAAGAGGUGAUCUCCAUCACCCGUUACAGCGGUCCCCGGCAUCCAAUGAAUCCUUCUUCUCUGGAUUCCCAUGUCUCGAACUUUGGACUCACCGAUGCGGAUCUUGACACGGACGUCGCCGGUGAGCCCGUCUUGCUACGGAGUCUAGACGGACGCUGCGGUCGCGGUGUGCGACGCAGAGUCGUUGUUUGUGGCAAUCCGAAUAUGCCGGAGCCCGAACACAAGUGCGAUGCUGCUGCCAAGCCUCCCGCUACAGCGCCUUGCCAUAUCCCAUGCCCUACCUCUACUUCCACCACUACCACCACCACCACAACUACGACCACUUCCACCACCCCUGUUCCACUAACUGGUCCUGAGUACGACGAAGAAAUGCUGCAUUCAGAAGAAAAUUAUCAUUCAGCACGGCGCAACCUGACACGAGAGAGCCCCUGGGAAGAAUUUCAACGGGUUGAAGCUGGGCGUAAGAAGGUCGAGGCUAAUUUGUUAAGUUUGCCUCGUGAACCACCUACAGAAGAGACGAACGAGAUUCUGGUGCGUCGAAUUGGUGACUAUAGCGAACGAUACACCAGCCCUGCAAGACAUCCGGUGCCCAAUCUUGCAGAUAAUCGUGCAGUGGCAAGAAAUCAUUUAAAUUUAAAAAAAAUCUCUGUCACCAAUCCGAGAGAGAACUCUGUGGACGAAGAUUCGAACGGGCUUUCUUUAAAGGAAUCUGUAGACAAUAUCCUCAAUGCACCAUCCGAGUGGCAAAUUGGGGACUGGGGACGUUGUUCCGCUGAGUGUGGUGGGGGAGUGAGGCGACGUCUAGUUGUCUGCGGUGGGCGCCGCCCCUCAGACUGCCCCAUGAGGCUGAGACCUCGCGACACCUCCACGUGUAAUGAACAUGUCUGCUCAGAGUGGACCGUCGGCGAAUGGGGCAGAUGCCGGUUACUUCGCUCGCGACCAUGCGGUCGUGGACGCAGACGCCGCUUGGUGAAGUGUCGAAACCGACUUACGGGUCAGGACUUGUCGCCUUCAGACUGUCUUCCUGGCGACAAGCCUCAGAAUAUGUCCUCGUGCCGAGUCCCUUGUUCGUCACCAAGACGUCACCACUACCGCUACAAGUGGCGCCGAGGACCCUGGUCCGCGUGUUCGGAGUCGUGCGAUCAAGGCGAGACGCUCCGCAACGUGACAUGUGUCGAUAUGCUUGCUCCUGUACGCGGCUCAACCGCCGGGACGCCCGUCAACCAAGAGUAUUGUAUACGGAGUGGGCUCAUCAAGCCCAGAGAGAGCCGGCACUGUAACAAGAACCCCUGUCCCUACAGGUGGCUUAGUGGCGCAUGGUCUGAGUGCUCAGCGAGAUGUGGACCGGGGCGUCAGGAGCGGUCGGUGACCUGCCAUGCAGUGAGCCCCCUAAACUGGGUAGAUCCUGAGCCCGCGCCCUCUGGGUGUAAGCCUAGACGCCGACCCCUUGUAACCAAACCAUGCAACAUGGGCGAGUGCUCCAGAGGCUACUUCUGGGUGGUCAAGCCAUGGAAAGCAUGCCAAGCCGUGUGCGGAGAAAAGGGGCGGCAGCGGCGUCGCGUAAUGUGUCUUGAUGCUCGCGGCAACCGCGUGCGAGCGGCGCGCUGUUCCCGAGAAGCACGACCUCGUCGUAAGCAGCGUUGUCAGGCUCCUCCUUGUGGCCUAACUUCGUGCAAAGAGGCACGAGACAUUCUUCGCCUGAAUUUGGACGGCGAGUUUGCACUACUUGUCGGUGGCGUUAACGUCUCGAUAUAUUGUUUUGGUAUGAAUGUAUCAGAACCUCGAGAAUAUCUUACGCUACCUGCCGGAGAAGAAGGCAACUAUGCUGAAAUUUAUUCCAAAAGGUUGAUACGACCCGACACUUGCCCAUACAACGGCGAUCGACAUCGUGACUGUGCGUGUGUGCACGACGAAAGUGGGCGAGCUGGACUAACAACCUUCAGUAGGAUAAGACUCAACGUCACCACACUAUCUGUCAAUAUGUACGACUUUACGUUCGCUUAUGCCGUUGACGGACGUCAAGUUGCUUACGGCGAGGCGGGUGACUGCUACAGCAUGGCUCAGUGUCCUCAGGGCGCAUUCUCUAUCAAUUUAGUGGGAACUUCUUUUAAAGUUUCCGACAGAACAACAUGGGUCGGAUACGGCAACAAAGCAGCACACUGGAUCAACAGAUUAGAUGACAGUCAACGUAUUUUAGGUCGAUGCGGAGGCUACUGCGGUACCUGUGCUCCAGAUCCAAAAGUUGGCCUCAAGUUAGAUAUCCGCAUACCCACACCCUGAGGCACCUCCGAUCACCAGACAAUAUAAAUGGCUAAACACGACCCACGGAAACGUAGAAAAAUUUCUCUCGAGAUAAGAAUAUCGAGAAAUUGGAAUUCCACAUCUCAAAAUAUUAUAUAAAUAUCAACGAGUUCAAUGCUCGAGGUUACAGGAAGGUUCGUUAAACUAUGACGUUCGUUUAACUCUUCAUCUGUGUUAGCAUAAGAUUGUUUCUAUUCGAUGUACAGCUUAGUAAAGUCCACAAAUGUAAACAAUUUGGUGGAAAUAAUAUUAAAAUUUUAUUUUAAACUAAUUGAGCGCAAGAAUUAGCUUGAUGAGUCAGAUUUUAGCAAGCUAUACGGACCAAUUUUACUCAAACGUACGUAUGCUCUUAUAGCACACCAUAAUUUAUUGAACAUAAAAUGUUAUAUUUUUAUGUUCUAAUCCAAUUUAUAAAUAUUUAACGUAAAGUAUGCAUAUACAAAUUAAUAUUUUAGGAUUAAUAUUAUUCUCAGACGAAUAUUUGGGGUUUGCAUGUUAAAUGACUGCAAUGUUGAAACCAUUAACUGGGCUACAAGAGUAUAUCGUUCAAGUGGAACGAAAUUCGAUAAAUAAAACGAGUAAAUUUUUCAAAUCGGUUUGGAAGCACGAAAGAUGUAUAAUUAUUCUUAUUUGUGAUAAAAUUUGAAACGAUACUUUUAGUGUCUUGUGUUUGCAUCUGCCAAGAUGAUAGACUCUGUUAUUGAUGUUAGUAGGGAUGCUUAAUUUGUUUGUUCUUGUAAUGAUGGACUGAUCCGAUCUCUCUGGAUGUUGCAAAUGCUGACAUUCUACCUCAGGAGCAUCUUUGUGCUCUCUACGAAAUGUGUCGUUUCUGUCAGUGAUUGAUUAAAUAUUCUUGGAAAAACUGUUGAAAGAGAAAGAACUAUUGUGUAACGUGUGAUUCGGGAGCACUCGAUAGUAUGGAUUAUAAUUUUCUUUCCAUGUGUUGCGCCAGUUUUGCUCCCAUUCGAUAAGAUCGAAGGGAAUGUGUAUUAAUUUUGUGUGGGCUUCUCAGCUCUUGCGCCCAAACGGCAUCUCACCACCAUAGGCUGAAAGUUAUUGAACGUCCUCCGAGGAAGACCUAAUUUGUCAUGCCAGCAUUCUUUACGAUGGUCAAGGGUGAAGAAAGAUUUCUUCGUUGCCAAUGAAUGGCCAGCGUUUGAGACCACGCAUACUCUGUGUCUAAUCAAACAAACGAGUGAUAAAUUUCUCUCAAGGGAGGGAUAAAGUGCCCUCAACACUGCUCACCGAGUAGCAACUUGGCUUCAUUUGCAGGAGCGCCAGCAGCAAGUCCUUCUCAAUACUCGAGUGCCCGCCCCGCUGAAAUGAAGGCUGAUGGCGAUGAACAAGAGCUUCAAGUAGUGUUCACUCUUAGUAGCGAUUCAUACAGGAAGUUCUAAUUUUUAAUCAAAUUUUUUUUCCAACGUUCAUUAACACCGACUGCUAGUCGGUGAUAGAUUAAUCCAGUGGUUUAAUUAAGUCCGUAACCUUUGCCAAAACCUAUCAAUGAUAUUUGGCGCGUGCAGGAAACUUCGAAAAGAAUGAGUUCUUAUUCAUGAGUGGAAUUUACUGUUGUUACAUAAAAUCUUUUAGCUUUAAUAAUUUUAAUAAAACUUGAAAGCCAUACAUCCUAGAGUUAAGCUAUCGUGCGCAACCUUGUAAAUAGCGAUGGACCCACCACGCCACGGAGCUCGAAUCUCAGCGCCAUCCACCGACUGGGGUAACAGACUAGGCCUUACUUGAAUAGUUAUGGUAUCCUUUUCAUUUAUAAGCAUUUUACAUAGAUGUAACAGCCUGUAACAAGUCUCUUGAGCUGAAAGACUAUCAUUCCAUGUUCUCUAAUUGCACCAGUAUUCAGCAUUUAGGCUUCAGCAUUUAUUUUUAAGUAUAAAGUUUUAAAUUUAGUUAGGUGCACCUAAAAUGCAAACUAAAAGUUUCAAUAAAUUCACAAUAUUACGGUGCUGGCCAAUCAAGAGAAGUAGAACGUGUCGUUAGAAAUUUGUAUCCAGUCGCCAGUGCUUGUUUGCCAUCGAGUUAAAAUAAGCGACAUCACGUGUGCUUUUAUCAAAUUCGGACUUAACUUUCUCAUAAACGACAUUAUCUCAUUGUCUCGUAGAGCGUUUGUUGUAAGUUAGUCCCGGCAUUAAGGAAGUAAGUCGUUACCUCUAGGGGAGACAGUCUCCCUUCCCUUCUGAUGAUCCCUUCACUGCCUUCCCGAGUCAUAUCCUUUAGAAGAGUGUUUGAGGUUUGCAAGAAAUCGACUGCCAGCACGAAUGCUGUAUAGAUGAACUUCGCUAAGUAGUUGAAUUAAAUUUGAAGAUUUCAUUAAUUCGGAGGUACCCAAUAUCAUUUAAAUCGACAAUUGACCUGAUCACACGUGGCUGCAUACAUCGUCUUCUGUUUUGAAGAGUACGACUGUCGAAUGUGGAGCAAGUGAGGCUUUCGUUGAAUGCGUUGGCAGGCCAACAUGUUCUGCGAGUGUGUAUGUAUUUUAUGUUCAUUUCUAGGUAUUAUAAUUUUAGCCACUGCCAGUUACUUGCAUAAGUUUUCGUUCCAAUGCAAAUGACUUGUCUCGAAGCGUACAGUCAAUGCUGUGCAUUGUUUAUCUCUUCAAUGGAACAACGUGGUGCUAAAAUAAUCUGCGUUCCCAAAUCGAAGAGGUGCUGUGGAACUAUUGAGAUGUAUGCGUUACACAUCAAAGUUUACACUUUUUUUUAUUUACGCAAAUAAUAUAUAUUCUCAGGGCAGUAUUGCAGUUUGCUAUCCAUGACUUGAUUGACUGCCAUAAGCACCAUUUAUUUUUAAACACUUGGUUCUCAUGUUGUGGCCGAACUCGACUGUUAGGCUUUGCCGGGCGCAUGAAACUGUGUAAAUAAUUGUAAAUAACUGUUGUAUGAUGUAGACUGUGGUACAUCCGUGUCUCUUCUAGUCAGUGCCAUAAUUAUAUUUUUCUCGUACUCGAGGUUUCCUUCGUUAAUAAACCACAUUAUGCAACUUUCCCGGCGCACGCAAUUACAAGCAAGUGAAAGUCGCUUGAUGUUACAUCUUUGUCGAUGUUGGUGUAAGUAGAUAUUUUGUGGACACAAAAUGAUGUUUAACGUGUAUUCUGUAGACCCGCACUAGGAGAGCAAUAUUUUUCGUUAUGUUUUAUUUUGUACACGAUUCGGAUGAUCUUUAGGUCAAAAAUCAAUCUUAACCUGUCGUGUACGUGGCAAUCGCUCGUAGAAGUGUGACCCGUUGCUAUCUUGUUUUGACAAUCGGGGUAGAAAAAUUGGAUACAUAGUUUAUUUUUUACAGGCGAAAAAUGUGUGCGACUUACCAUCGAGCGGAGAUCAGGUUUAAUCAUUGUGCUCAUCAUAGUACGUUGAUCAUUACAACGGAUCUAUUGAGCUGAAUACGUCAGCAUUACAAGGUCGAAUUAGAAGCCUUCUGUUUGUUACUUUCUGUAGAGGUUCAAGUUAAGUGCAGAAUUCAAAGGGGCAAAUGUCAGACAUCUUAAAAUUUAGCAUCAUAACUUGUAGUUUGACUCGAAAAAGUUUUCAAACAGAUUGAUUAUAGAGCGGUGAAGCGCAACUAUUUGAAUGGUUGUAGGAAGGAAAGGGGAUGAAAAAGUUCUUAUAAUGGUUAUGCAAUUGAGUGAAAUAGAAUAGACAUGAUCUUUUAUAGGUUAGUUAACUUCUUCGUGAUGGACUUGGAUAUUAGACAUUUUUUUGACCGAAUUCUGAUAGAAGAUUAAUUUUAAAGAUUAAGAAGCCACGUUUAAGGCUAAAGAUUGAAAUAUAAUAAGAAUUGGUAAUCUGCUAGUAAGUAAGUAAAAUAUGACUGGGUCUUUUAGAAUAUAUCGGGAAGAAUUUUUGUAAAAACACUUUGUACAAAAAAAGUUGAUAAAUAGCGGUAAAGCUCUAGCUAAAAAAAAAAUCUCCUUUUGAAUUCACACUCCCAUGAAAAUAACUUGAGAUCUUACAUGAUUUAUGCUAAUUUUUAAAUAAUUGUUCUUUGUAAUUGCAACACUACAUUAGUACUUAGGAAAUUGGACAGACACUGCAUGGUCUUAGAAUCCAAUUUUCAUAACCACUCCGCAAAUGAAAAAAAUAGAAUCUCUUAUUACUUAAUCGUAUUGGACGCCUUAUAUUAUGCUAUUUAAUUCUGUGAACUCGUGUAGACAUGUCACGCCUACCUCAGUUGUAACUACGUGACGGCCAACAUAAACCAUGCGAUGCGAAGAAAUUGUUUCAAAAUCCUCGAUUUGAUGCGAUAGAAUGCAGCAAUUUCCGCCUCAAAAGCAAAUACCAACCUUGCCAUCCAUUGACCACCAAUUUGGUCCCACUCCCUCUUAUUCCUUGCCUGAAAAAACUCCAUCCAGUAUUCAACAGUUUUUAUAUGGUUGUAUAUGAGAUAAUUUAUUCAAUAAAUGUAUUCGUA